AUGACUCUGGAGUCCAUCAUGGCGUGCUGCCUGAGCGAGGAAGCCAAGGAAGCCCGGCGGAUCAACGACGAGAUCGAGCGGCAGCUGCGCCGGGACAAGCGGGACGCCCGCCGGGAGCUGAAGCUGCUGCUGCUGGGCACAGGAGAGAGUGGCAAAAGCACGUUUAUCAAGCAGAUGAGAAUCAUUCAUGGAUCAGGUUACUCUGAUGAAGACAAGAGGGGCUUUACAAAACUGGUGUACCAGAAUAUAUUUACAGCAAUGCAGGCAAUGAUCAGAGCCAUGGAUACCCUCAAAAUCCCAUACAAGUAUGAACAUAACAAGGCUCAUGCACAGUUAAUUCGAGAAAUCGAUGUAGAGAAGGUGUCAACUUUUGAGAACCCGUAUGUAGAUGCAAUAAGAAGCUUAUGGAAUGACCCUGGAAUUCAGGAGUGUUACGAUAGACGACGGGAGUAUCAAUUAUCGGAUUCAACUAAAUACUAUCUUAAUGACUUGGACCGCAUAGCAGAUUCCACCUAUCUGCCAACUCAGCAAGAUGUGCUCAGAGUUCGAGUCCCAACAACAGGGAUCAUUGAAUAUCCAUUCGACUUACAAAGCGUCAUUUUCAGAAUGGUGGAUGUAGGAGGCCAACGAUCAGAAAGAAGAAAAUGGAUACAUUGCUUUGAAAACGUCACGUCUAUCAUGUUCCUAGUAGCUCUUAGUGAAUAUGAUCAAGUGCUUGUGGAGUCAGACAAUGAGAAUCGAAUGGAAGAAAGCAAAGCACUCUUUAGGACAAUUAUCACAUAUCCAUGGUUCCAGAACUCUUCAGUCAUUCUGUUCUUAAAUAAAAAAGAUCUCUUAGAGGAGAAAAUUAUGUACUCCCAUCUAGUUGAUUAUUUUCCAGAGUAUGACGGACCACAACGGGAUGCACAAGCGGCACGAGAGUUCAUCCUGAAGAUGUUCGUAGACCUGAAUCCAGACAGUGACAAAAUUAUCUACUCCCACUUCACAUGCGCUACAGACACAGAGAACAUCCGCUUCGUCUUUGCUGCUGUCAAGGACACGAUCCUACAGUUAAACCUGAAGGAGUACAACCUGGUCUAACUGUGCCUAGGAGGCCCUCCAAAACCAACUUUGCGUGAUUGAAGAUAUACAAGAGGGACUGUAUUAUCUGUGAAAACAAUUUGCAUAAUACUAAUUUAUUGCCGGCCUGGACUCUGUGAAUGUCCACAGAGUUUGUAGUUAAUAUUAUGAUUUUAUUUAAACUAUAUGGAGGAAAAACAAAAGAUGCUGAAGUACAUUCACAGCACAUUUCCUCAUUUUUUAGGCAAAACGUUGUGACUCAAUGUGUUUUAAAUUCUCAGUCGUAUAUUUACAAAGGAUAGCAGUUUUUUGCUAUUGAAGCAAAAUCAAGCUGGUUUCCUCUUGCCCUGACCCUUUCUCUCUCCCUCCUUCCCCUCCCCUCUUAUCUUUUACAAGGUACAAUGGCCUUUUUUUUCCCAGUUGCAUUCCUGGGUGAAAUAUUUUCUGUUGAGUGAUUUGGUCAGGAAAAUACUAUCAUCAGAAUUUAAGUCAUCAGUCAUUCUCAUUUUACAGUAUGUACUUUCUCUGAAGGAUCAAAAGUAUUGAUACUGUGAUUUUUAAAUUCUUGACAUAAGUGUCUUCAUUCUGUCUUCACUUUUGAGACUAGAAUAUUGGGAUUGCAAAAUAGAAUUAUAGUUGUCUAAGGAUAUUAAAUUUAACCGUAUUUUCACAGUUCGGAAAGGUGCACAGAAGACAGUAAUGAAAUAAUUAAGACACAACCUGGGAUGUACGUGGAAUAUGUUAGAAUCUCUUUUUAAUUGCCAUGUGCCAUUUUUUUCUCUCUUCUUUUAUUCACAAAUGCCAAAUAGAAAUGUCAUAGACACUACAUUUUCCCCAGUGGCAACAGCCUGAGACAGUGGGGGUUUUUUCAGUUGUGUGGGUUUUUUUCUUAAGUUAGAGCUUUUUUAAGUGUUCUUUUUCCACAGUAGAAAAAUUAUUUUUAUUGUAUAAAAUUAAUGUUGCCAAAUCUGGCUUUUUUAUAAAACCAAUGCUCUUGAAACGUAAGAUACUGAUUGAAAUGCCAAACGGAUGGGUUGGGAACUGACCUGAUUGAGUCAACUGCCAAAUGAUAAACAAACACAGUUUCAGCUCAUAUGUUCCCUUUUUUAGAAAGUGUUCCAUUUUCUAAUGCCAAAACCAACAGUGUGAGUGAAUAUGCUAUGAGGUGCACCAUGCACACGCAUGUGGUCUACUAAUUUAAAGACAGUUUAAAUCUCUCCUUAUGUCAGAUAUGGCAUGAGAUUGUUUUCUGUAAUAAUAUCAAGGCACCUUUAGUUGUAUAACAAGAAAUUAUUGAUGAGAGAUCACGUUCAGGAACCUUUCUUGGUAAGGUUGCUUGUUAACUAACUGAUUCACAGACAUUUGAUAGGCUUUCAUGCAAAAUAGCCUCUCUCAAUGUUCUUUAGAAAAGAUUUAUUAAUGUAAAUGAAACAGUGAGAAAAUAAUUCUUCAAAUUUAAAUGUGCAAUUUUUUAACAACAAAAAUGCAGCACACAUUGAUGAGCCUUUAUUCUGCAGCUUAGGUUGAAAGGUGUUUUUUGACCAGGUGCAUGACUGCUAGCAAGCUAUAGAAAACUCAGAGUUCAGACAUGUAAUUGGAUUAAUUAUCUACAAUGCCAAGUAGCACUAGAGUGCACUUAACACAGAAAUUGCUGCCUAAUAGCAGCGGAUGGGAGGUGGAAAAAAGAAUGGCUUAUUAGUUGAUUACCAAAGUUAACAAUAAAUACUAAUGAGACAUUUUUCAUCCCUAACCCUCCCAACUCCAAAACAACAAUAGUAAGAACAGUUGCUAUUUUUUGCUCCCUCUUAAAACACCUUGUAAUUUAAAACUGGUUGUAGGUAUAGUGCAAUUAUGAAUGCUAUAAUCAUUGUACAUACAUCUAUAUAUAUAUAUGGCAGCAUCCAUAUUGGCUUUGUAAUCAUUAAUUUUUGGCAAAUUGAAUGUGCUGUAUUGAUAUGUAUCUAUGUAAUUGUAUUGUAUGUCUUAUAGCUAAUUCACAUUUUAAAUAAUGUUAUUUUAUUUACUUUUUUAAGAGAGAAGAAUGUAAAUUUUGUCAGUUUAUUUCUGACUAGGGAUUUGUUGUUGUUUUUUAUUUACAAAACAAAGAAAAUUACUAUAGUACAGAGCGGUACUAGCAUCGUGCUGUAUAAAAUCAUUUGCACAUUCCUGAGUAGAAGUAAAUUGGAGACACCCAGACAGAGGCCAUUCACAUUCAAAAUAAUGCUUAAAUCUUGUCAGGGCUUUACAGAGGUGUAGAAACCAGUCUUAGUAGAAGAACUUACGCCGUUAUAUCUAGGAUUGAAACGUAAGCUUUUAAAUAUGAAUUUAAUUUAUAUUUGGCAGA